GCAGCGCCGCAGCGGGAGCCACGAGCAUGAUCCUCACUGGCUGUAUAGGAGAUAGUCGUCUUUAUAAUCUUAGUCUGUGCCUACUAAAAGUAAAUAAGGUCUUUUCAUUGAUAUUUGACAAUAUCAAUAUUAUCUGUAGUUUAGGACUUACUGCACAAAAUGUCUCUUCAACAAAAACGUGUAGACUUUGGCGAAACUUGGGAUGUUUUAAAAAAAACAGUUGAAGGUCUUAUUACUCUGGGAACUGUUCCUCGUACUGCAUGGAAUAGUGGAAUCAGUGAUGUGGUUUCCCUGUGCAAGGCCAAACCAACUUUUGCUUCGAGAUUAUACCAAGAAAUUAAAAUGUUUUUAGAAGCUCAUGUUAAUUCUCUUCUCAUCCAAGUGAACGGCACCAGUGAAGAACACCUUCUGACUGUGUAUUACAAACUUUGGAAGCAAUAUAGACGAGGAAUGUACAAUUUGGACUAUCUGUUCACACACUUGAACACAGAACACAUAAAAAAACAACCAAGAGUAACUGAUGAAGACCUCCUAAGGCUUCAUUCAGAGGGGGGUGAUUUUAAAUUACCUAAACUAAUGAAAGAAAUUGGUGCAUUAGGUUUGGAUUUGUGGAAGAAGUGUAUGAUUGAGCCAUUGAAAUCCAACUUGCUGAGAUUACUUUUGGGAGGCAUACAUUGUGACCGAACUGGACAAUCUUUGUACAAUGAAAAGUCAUCAACAAUUAAGGGUGUGAUUCAGUCAUUGGUUACAGUUACAGAGAACAAGGAACACAACAAGAUGGUACUUUAUGAAACCGUUUUUGAAAGGCCAUUUCUGGAAGCCACUGGAGAAUAUUACGGGCAAGAAGCUAGUCGCUUGUUACAGGAAUGCAAAAUUUCCUUGUACAUGGAAAAAGCUUUGCAACGUCGGGACGAAGAAGAUUUACGCAGUCAGAAAUUCUUGCAACCAAGUUCCUACAGUAAAGUUCGAAGUGAAUUCGAAAAAAAGAUGAUAGCAGAUAACUUGGCGGCUAUCCACAACGAGUGCCCGAAGAUGCAGGAACAACAACAAUAUAAAAAUCUUGGAAAUGCGUACGAGCUAUUGAAGUCGAUUCCGGGAGGUUUGACUGUUCUAGUCUCGCACUUCCAGGAACACAUCACACAAGAAGGAUUGCGAACAGUGGCUAACCUGUCAGGAGACAACAAAUUUCACCAGUUCGUAGAGGGCAUGCAUAGAUUCCACUCCAAGUACAAAGAGAUCACCAACACUGUUUUCAGUAAUGAUCAGCUAUUUAGCAGCGCUCUAGAUAAUGCCUGUACUGCAGUCGUCAAACAUAACCUCAUCAUUACUGGACAACAUUCCAAGUCUCAUCCAGAAAAACUAGCCAGAUACUCUGACACACUCUUGAAAAAGUCAACAAAAGGCUUUUGUGACACCGAAGUUGACGAUAAGUUAACACAGUGCAUUACUGUAUUCAAGUACAUCGACGACAAGGACGUGUUUCAAAAAUUUUACUCACUGCUGUUGGGAACUCGACUAAUUCAACAACAGAGUCAAAGUAUGGACGCUGAACAGGAAAUGAUCAGCCGAUUGAAACUGGCAUGCGGAUUUGAGUUUACCAACAAACUUCAUCAGAUGUUAACGGACAUGUCCGUUUCAUCAGACCUGAACAACAAGUUUAAUCUGCUGAACAAAGAUCGGAUUGAAUUAGGUCUCAAUUUCUCAAUCAACGUCUUGAAAACCGGUGCGUGGCCUAGACAAGUCUGCCCUACCGAUUUCGCCGUACCCCAAGAGUUGGAAAAAUCGGUCCAGGAAUUUGAAAAUUUCUAUCGUCUACAGUUUGACGGCCGGAAGCUUACAUGGCUUUAUCACUUGAGUUGCGGAGAGCUGAAACUGAAAUUGAAAGAAAAGUAUUACUUCAUCACCAUGGGGACCUUCGAAAUGGCAAUGUUUCUUGAGUUUCAAAAGACCGAUUCCUUGACUUGUGGAGAACUCAUGGAAGCCACGAAGCUUAACCCGGAUCAUUUCCAAAAGACCGUUCAGUCAUUGGUUAACGCUAAACUUUUGGCAGUAACUGGUGACACUGUCAAAGUUUUCCAAGCUUCUACUGUCAUUUCCCUCAAUUUGGAUUAUAGCAACAAACGAACCAAGUUUCGUAUCAGCAACACUGCCAAGAAGGAGCAGACUGUCCAAGAAACCGAGACGACGCAUUCUUCCGUAAACUUAGACAGGAAUCUAUACCUUCAGGCUACAAUUGUUCGAAUCAUGAAAGAUAGGAAGAUUCUUCUCCACAAAGACUUAAUUCGGGAGGUGUCGAGUCUGGCCAAAACCCGUUUCGAUCCUGACAUUAUCUUGAUAAAAAAAAACAUCGAGACACUAAUUGAAAAGGAGUACCUGAAGCGGACCGAAAAUUCAACGGCUGAAUAUAGCUAUGUGGCGUAAAAAACGCAAUCGCAAUGUUAGUUCGCAAUGUCAUGCUGUAAUACUUUGGCGUUAAACCUUUGAAAUUGUUGAAAAGAAAACAGCGUCGAGAUGGUAAGGACUUAGGAAUGUUGGGCCUUUUGGGUAUUUCUCGUAUUGUACAUGGAUUUCUGAUUCCAUUUGACAUUUGUCCUUCGUUUUUUUCCUGCUGUGUUCACUUACAUAUUUUCCUUGCACAUUUCGAACGUCGUUUAAAGUGCAGUAUUAGAAAUACAUGGCAUACCAAAU